AUGUCUUUCUACAAACGGAGAAACGAAAAAAGGAAUUAGCAAAAAUUCGGACCUAGCUGGACUUUAUUCUUCUUCCCUUUUCAUCAGCGGGUCUGUUGACAUGCUAAUGAGACAGAGGGAGGCGGCGGCGGCAGAAGCCUCCGUGUUUUCACUCCGCACUGUCCUCUCAGACAAACAACAUGCACUACGCGGGACUGUCGGUCUAGCUGACGCCGUCUCCGUCCGAGCCUUUGUGUGACCAUUUGUGUUCGAGCAGCUGAGAGGAUGAAGUGGAUGGAUCCUGACAAUGUGUGGAGUUUGUAGCAACAGAAGAAAGCACUGAAAGCUCCUGUUUGACACCUCUGUCUGCAGCAGAACUCGCCAUGAGUUAGAGGGCAUCGGAGACCAUCGCCACAGCUGCCUUCCCCACCAUCUGGAGCACCGUGUCCAACUGUGACAGCAGCAUCAUUCGCCCUGCUUCAUGAGCCAGCAGGAUGCGGCUGAGGUCCUCGCACUUUCCGAGCGCCUCCUCAUAGCUUCACACAAGGGACAAGCUGACAAUGUGGUCCAGCUUAUCAACAAGGGCGCAAAAGUAGUUGUCACCAGGAAUGGCAGAAGCCCUCUGCACUUGGCUGCCUACAAAGGCCACAUUGAUGUGGUGCGUAUCCUGCUCAAAGCUGGCUGCGACCUGGACAUUCACGACGACGGGGAGCAAACAGCGUUACACCGGGCUGCCGUGGUGGGAAACAGUGACGUCAUCAGUGUUCUCAUACAGGAAGGGUGUGCACUGGAUAGACAGGACAAGGAUGGCAACACAGCUCUCCAUGAAGUGUCCUGGCACGGCUUCAGUCAGUCUGUUAAACUGCUGGUGAAGGCUGGAGCCAACGUUCACGCAAAAAACAAGGCAGGAAACACAGCUCUCCACCUUGCGUGUCAGAACGGUCACUCUCAGAGCUCCAAGGUUCUGCUCCUGGGAGGCUCCAGGCCUGACAGCAAGAACCAUGCAGGGGAUACGUGCUUGCAUGUGGCGGCCCGCUACAACCAUGUGGCUAUGAUCCGCAUCCUUCUGGGAGCCUUUUGCUCCGUGUCAGAGAAGAACCUGACUGGGGACACACCGCUACAUGUGGCAGCUGCUCUGAAUCAUAAGAAGACCGUACGCCUGCUGCUGGAGGCUGGGGCAGACAGCCGCAUCUGCAACAAUGCAGGUCAAACAUCUUUGGACCAGGCCAGAGAGCACAACAACCCAGAUGUGGCUCUUCUACUGACCAAAGCUCCACAGGUCCAGAGUUAUGUGCGUGGCAGGAGAGUGAGGAAGAGGAGAGACAGGCUGAAGGCGGAGGGCAGAGCUCAGUCGGUGCCCAGAGAUGAGAUGCUGCCCUGUAAGGACAGUGCAUCUGCUGCAGAUGACACUCAGAGCAGCGACCGAGCUGCCUGCAAAAACGCUGAGGUGACCGAGUCAAACACCAGGAGGGGAAAGAACUGGAAACAGAAAGAAAAACCGUCUUUGUCUGACCCCCUCCGCCGCAGAGAGACCAGGCACAGCGAAGCCUUUCACAAGAGGAAAGGCAAACUGCAAGGAGCUUCCCUCCAUGCCUCCAUCCCACCACACAGUUACAAAGCCUAUCAGCUCUACACGCUGUACCGCGGCAAGGAUGGCAAGAUCAUGCAGGCUCCUCUGAACGGCUGCCGCUGUGAGCCUCUCAUCAGUAAACUGGAGAACCAGCUGGAGGCCACCAAGGAGGAGAUGAAGACUGAGAUCCACACCGUCCAAGACCUGAUGAACAGCAAGAUGGGCCAGCUGGACCGCAAAAACAAACACCAGAUCCGAGCUCUUGAUAAGAUGACCGUGGAGAGAGUGUCAGCGGAGAGCAGCAAGUGUCAGCAGAGGAUCGAGCAGCGGGCCCUGCAGGAGAGACUGGAGGCAGAGAAGAGACAGCAGGCGUCCCUGGUCAGUGAGCUGAAGAGCUGGUGUCUGUCCAAGCUGCAGAACAUGGAGGUUCGCUUCACAGUAAACCCAGGCAGCCCCAGGCUUCAGCGCUUCUCCUCUGUGGCCGAGGGCCUGAAUGAAGUCGAUGUAGCCGGCCUCACUGUGCUGCCUUCUGGCCAAGAAAGCAGCUCCCAGUGCCUAGACCUCCACCACAGCCCUGCCUUCCUAGAGUCCACCCGGGGGGAGCCCAGUGUGGCAGAGGAUGGCUCAGCCAAUCACUACUUUGUUGUUCAUAUGGAGAGCUCUCCAGAUGGUGAUAAGGGUCAAAAUGCAGAAGUCACCUCUCCUGCAGCAGCCAAGAGCCCGCUGUCAUCUGUCCAGGUGGUUCGGCCAAAGGAGCAUUCAGUGAUCUGUGCUGACACCCAGAGGAAGAACCAGGACCCGCAGGACGCGAAGACGGUGGAGUACGGAGCGACAGGGGGCAGGACUGACAGAGCCAGCAGUCUGUCUCCGGACACAGAGCGCCGCUGCAGCAGCAGGACUGAAGCCGGACUCAGAGACAGGGAGCGAGGACGUGACAGAGGGAAGCAUCACAAGAAACAUUCCCAGGGCAGAACUAAAUCCAGAGGGGCCACGGGGGUCAAGACUCUGGAGGUCUUUGCAGACAAGCCCAGUGAACCCUCCGUUUCCUUUGAUCAGGAGAGGGACAACAUGCAUGCUCUGGAGGUGACCCAGUACUUCUUCGAGGCAGUGUCGACGCAGAUGGAGCACUGGUACGAGAGGAAGGUGGAAGAGGCUCGCUGGCAGGCCAAUCAGAGGGCUCAGGCCGACAAAGCCGCUCUGAUUGAGAGGAUUACUUACCUGGAGGACGAGCUGCGUGUGCUGAGGGCUAACAAACAUGACGACUGAUUUGAAUCAUACCAUUAUGGAAUACAGCUGUUCCAUUUUUACAGAUGCUAUAAAAUGCCUAUUGGUUGUCAUGGUAGCACUGGACUGGUAUAUUGAGAUGUGUAUAUACACACAUAAAGUAAUAAGGGCAGGUUGUGUGCACUGUUUUGUAAAUAAGCCAGAAGAUACAAAGCUAGGCAUUAAACGAUUGAUCUAAUGUGCCAUUCAUAGGAUAUGUAUACUACAUCAUAUCCAACUGCACUGUGUGCAGUGUCUACACACACACAUCUACACAUUAUAAGCCCAACCAUACCAUGAACAGAAAAACAUGUGUAAACAUCGUUCAUUAACAUCAGGCAUAAAUGUCUGCACGAUGGUAUCAUGCUGGAAUCAGCCCUGUGACUUUAGAGAAGAACCUACUGAUUAUUUAUGAAAGCUAAACUGACACUGUAUGUAACUUUACUGAACGUUUUUUUAAGAGUAUCAGUGGUUGAUUUUGCUGCAUUGUAUGAUUUGUAUGGAGGCUGGAGUAUGCCCAUAGAAUAACUGUAGACGUUUAGUGUUUAAAUAUAAUUUGUUAAAAAAUUAUUAAAAGUUUAAUAAACACUCA